CACACUAUAGUCACUAUUAGUCAGAUCUCUCUCUCCUCUCACAGUCACCACGCACGCACUCUGCACUCACGCUCUCAUUCUCUGAUUUCCCAAGCUGGCCAAGCACCACCACCGGCCACCACCAUGCCGGCCGCCGCCGCCGCACCACCACGUGCCACUCUCCAGCCGUGCGCCCCUGCCUUUGGCUGUGCCUCUGCGGUUCUAAUUUCUACAGACUUCAGUGAUAAUAAUGAUACGAAAUGAGAAACGGGACGCUACAAGCGUGGACUUUGAGCUCCUUGAGAAUAACUCUAUGUCGACGUUGGUUUUUUACCCUCUCAAGCAGUAGGUGACGUACUGUGGUCAUUAUCGCGAGACUCACUAUGGAGAGGACAAGCUGAUUUAGAGAUGCUAUAAUCGAAGACAACUACAUUUCGAGUUACCACCUCAUUGAGUUCUUAACACUUGGACAUUGGCCAGGAGAGAGGUUUUUCCUCCACAAUCUCCGAUUUGUUGGCCUACACCUUAGGGUUAUACCGGACGUGAUGUUUCCGAAAAUGAAUAGUCAAUCAAAAUAUAUAACUAUUCAACUUCAUAUUUAAAUUUCUUCCAUUAAUUCUAAACCUGAAUUUCUUCCAUUAAUUGAGAUCAAGCAUGUUCCUUCAUGAACAUUGAGAUGAGGUAUAGUACCUAAGGUGUAAGGAACGUGAUGUGAGAUUUCUUGGGAAAGUGAGAGCGUAACCGAUUUAGAGAGAGAAUAACUAAAUUUCAAUCUUGUUUUCUCACAAAUGAGCCAAAAGUCCUUUACAAUCGGUAUCCCUCCCCUAUUUAUAGUUGGGGGAGUUGGGCUUAGCGCCUCUAAAUCAUCCUAAUGGGCCAGUUGGGCCUCCGAGAUGAAGGCCCAAGUCCCUGGUCCGCUCAUCGCCCUAGGCCAGCGCUUCUGAGCAAGGGACCCUGGGGUCUCGCCCAGUCCACAAGACACCGAGCUCGAAGCAUGAGAGCUAAGUAUGUCUUUUAAACAGAAGAAAUAAGGUGAUGGCCACAAGAAGCUAACUAGUGCUAAAAAGUAAGGUACAGAAAUAAAGAGCAAUUGCCAACAUGGCUUGGUAAUUUAAAGCUUAAAAAUUUAAAAUUCUGAGCGCCUUGUCACGCUCCCCUGGCGGCGCGAGUCCACAAGUGAGCUUGCGGCGAUGAUGCUGGAUCUGCUCGCCCCGCCAUAGUUACGCACGUGCCCUGAACCGUAACUUUUUGACAUGUGUCGAGCCUGCACCACGCGUUGCGCCCUGAGGUGACACAAAGGUCAGCAAAUCCAUGGAAUCUCAACCACUACCUUUGAAACGUCCCUUCAAAUCGUGGUAGAGCCUGACAAUUUGAAUUCAAACCAAUAAGCUUCAACCGUUGUGACUUUUCAUUUAAUGCGCUGCCUUCGUUCCCCGAAAUCCGUGCCACACUCCCUUAAGUGAUCAUUCCACCUUUGCCAUGAUGAGGCACGAUUUCCCAAUCGCUGCUUAUCCCAUCUUUUAAAAUCUCCUUCCCUCACUCAUUCACCACUUUUGGAAUUCCUACAAUCUGUUGAAAUUGACAAAUAGCACCCCCUUCCUUUCCCAUCCUUAUCCUUCCUCCCAGCAAAAAUGACUCCCCAACGCCGCACCAAAGGAUCCUCUCGAUCUCGCAGCGCCGCUCCCGCAUCUCCUUCUCCGGCUAACACCCCCCUGGGGGAUUUCCCCUUAUUGAAAAUGAAAGGAACGCUUUCUGGCACCAAAUCUUCGCCACCUUACCCCAGUCCAUAACUCAAGACCCCACUCAGGAGGCCAUCUGCCAACCUUCUGAGCAGUCCACCGAUAAGUCUAUUGCCGAGACAGCCUGCCAAGCCGGCGGGCUUUGCCGCGAGAAGUGCCUCGAAGAUGUCCUCAUCACCGGUUGGGGCUUGGAAAUCCGUCAUCCCUGGCAGCACCGCACGAUCGAACAAGCAACCCCACUUUUUUUUAUGUUUACAAGUAUUUCUUCCUUGACCUGGGGAUCAAACUACCCUUCUCCCCUUUCCUCUGCCAGGUUAUGAGGGAAAUCAAUAUUGCCCCAAGCCAACUUCAUUUGAACGCUUGGGCUUUCGUUCGGUGCUUUGAGAUUCUCUGCGACGCCGUCGGUCUUGAAGCAAAAACCUCCCAUUUCUUUUACUUCUACGGCAUGGAGCCAAAAUCCCUGAAGACUCCAACUCCUGGGUGGGUCUCUCUAAAAUCUCGUACGGGCCGGUAGCGCCUCUACCCUUACAAGAGCAACGUAAAGAAGGAACCUGGGCGCCGGUAUUUCUGAAUACUCGUACAUCCUACCUACCCUGAAGCUUUCACCAGCCGGGACGUGACUGCUCAGUCCCUUUCUAUUGGACCAAGAGUCCUUGCGACGUCCCGCCGCCUUCCGACACAUCGCUGAGCGAUGAAGAUAAAGCCAUCCUUGGCUUUUUCGCUGGGCUCCCCAUCCUUGAGUGCUCUCAGCUGCUUGUAGCCGCUCGCAAAAACACCCUCUGCUCAUUUCUAUGAGGGAUGAACUUUACUGAAGUCGCGCUCAAGCGCGCCCUAGCUGCUGACUCACUUGAGUUUCCUCCCGUCUUUAAUACUAACGGGGUUAAGAGGAAACGUGCUGUCGCGGAUGCUGAUGCCGAGGUCGCCGCCUCCCCUCUAAAGAAACGGACCAAAAGAUCCGGUGCUGCCCCUUCUGGAACGGUCGUUACGACCCCAAACGUCGUUGCCACGGGGUCUGGCGAGCCAAUACCAGACUCCAUCCUUCCACUGGAGAUUGACAAGCCGGCUCCGAUGUCCACCGGCGAUGCUGACCAACCUUCCCCAACAAGAAAAUCCCAAAAAUCCAAAAGGGUCACCCCUGGCACAGAUGUAAAGUCGAGGGUCGCGACUCCCCUGCCUCAAAAGUCAAAAAAGAAGAAGGAGAAAACCAAGAGACCCAGGGCUGGCGAAACAUCUGCCCCUCGCCAAGACCUGGUGGGCCGGGAAAAGCCAAACCCCACGGGCAAUGUGGAGUCCUCGCUCUUUCCUGAGGAAGUCAUCGUUGAUCAGCAUGCUUCUGAAGACGUUCCCUCUGGUGCUCCCCAAACGACCCUUUCUCCUGACCAUUCAUGUCAUCAAGUCGGGGCAAGCCCACCUAGGGCCUCCCUCAUUUCCACCAUGAGUCACGGCAGUGGAGACCAAACCCCCACCGCCCUGCUUCCGCUUCGCCUUUCUUCCCCUACUGAUAGCCAUCCGAUUGUUGAUGGGCAGACGUGCUUUGUUUCAAAUCAACAACCCUCCCCUGUCGACUUUAUGCUAACUGACCCUUUUCUUGGCAGCAUGAGAGGAACUGAGAAUCCUGACCUUGAUGGAGUGGCGCGAGAAGCCAUCUCGAGCCUUUUGCGUGCAGGGUGUCUCUUCGCCAAGCUGUCACAAGACUCAGCCACAACCGCUGAAGUUGAAGAGCUUCGUCAGAGGGAUGAGGGUUAUCGCCACGCUACACUCAAAGCGCAUGGCGAGCGUGACAAGUUGCUGACCCAGGUAGCGGCCCAAAUGACUAAAUUGAACAAUUUGGGUAUCGAGAUGAGUUAUCGCGAGGCUGACUUGUCUGCUUGUGAAAGUAGAACGGAGGAACUGGAGGACGAGCGGGACGAUUUGCAGUAGGAACUGAAGGCAAAGGCCGAGGCGAUCGCCGCGAGCAAGGCUGCUUGCCUUGUCAAAGACAAAGAGAUCGCGUUCCUUCGUAGUGAGUUGGGGUCGACGAACGAAUCUCUCGCUGAGGUGAGAUCUGAAUUGGAAACAAAGGCCAAAGUUGUUGCGGACGCGGAAUACCGUGCAAAUUCCGAGGCCAAAACUCUCCGGGCAAGGUCGGCGGCCAGGGCUGCUGUUGAGGCCGUGGAAGAGCGUGGUCGCGGUUUUUUUCCUCACCAAAGCUCAAGUUCAAUAUCUUUAAGAGGGGAUUGACCUCAGCGGGACGAGAGCCUUCAAGAAGAUCACCCCCCACGGAUUGGUCGGCCCGGACGAUCCCCGGGCUUCAAUGCUGCAUGUUUCGCGGUCGCUGAAAAUGCAAGGGAAGCAGAAGACGUUAAUGUAGUGUGAAUAUUUUGUACUGAUUUUUCUCUUACCUCUUUUUUUGUAAUUAAUAUCACGCCACGUUAUUUAAUGAAAAUUUGCUGCGAUUUCGUUUGUCCAUUUCUCUCCUCGUUCGCGCCCUUGUGCUCUUCGGGCUUUGUAUUUUGUGCUCGUGUAGCGAUUUUGAAUGUGUGCUAGCGAAACUAGGACUUUAGCUCAACCUUGGACUGAGGCUUUCUCCUUCACACCAAUAUUUCCCGUAAGAGCAGGUGCGGCCUCACCAGUUUUAUCCCGACGAGGGCUUACAGUUGCGAGGGACCCAAUGACCAUAUAGGUUUACCCAGACUUAUGCCUAGUUUUUGUUCUCGCCCAUAUUUCGGGGAGGUCUCGUUUGCCCAUAUUUCGGGGAGACUUUUGGGAUAAACUGCUUGUCCUCAGACAAGGAGCCUACCCGCACACAUCACCAACGAGAGGUCAGCGAUUCGCGCCAGACUUUCCGGAGCAAUCCCCAGUCAUCAAGGUCGUGUUGAGAUUGCCACUUUCAGGGAAUUUUUCCCACCGGGCGAACGUGACAUGUUAGUUGAGUUGCUAUCUGGGUAGCAGCGGUUCGCGUCGGACUUUCUCGGAGCGAUCCCCAGACAUCAAGGUCGUGGUGGGAUCGCCACCUUCGGGGAAUUUUUCCCACUGAGCGACCGUCGUAUUGUAGUCCAGCUAGGAGUAUUACUUGAGAAUAUCCUUUGUAUUUGAUUUGUAAAAAAUUUUGCAUGGGAGGGAUGCCUCAUUAAAAAACUCUCGUGGCGGAGAAAAAGAGUGCAUCUUUAUUUUUGGUCCUAUUUUUUGGUUUUGUUGUUGUGUCCUCGUUCCUGCUUCCUUUGCUGCGUCCUCGACCCUGCUUUCCACUCCUAGCCCCUCGGGUCAAAGUAUCAUCCCCAUCACCACAUCUUUCGAGCCCGACGUGCUCGCUAGCCACUCAUUGUUGUUUUUGGGCUGGCUUCCUUCCAUGCCCGCCUCGUGACAGUGACGAACUUCUCCUAUCUUGCCCUUCUUCUUGUCGCGCUUGGACGUCGCUGGCUUCAAAACUACCGAACCCACAGGCUUCCAAUAUUUUGACUCUCUUUUUGCUUUACCCGGGCGACGACUCACUGGGCUCCUUUUCCUCACCUUCUUCUUGUCCUUAGACCGCUCGUGCGCCUUAUUAUAUAUUUUCUCGCCGCUGCCCUGUUGGACGAUUCGUUGAUCCAUUCCCUUAAUCGUGUUCCCUUUUGCUCAUCUCGCCCUCAAUUCAAAAGACUUUGUUUCCUGAACAUCGGCAGGUCCCAGAGUUCUGGGUCUUUUGAGCUCCAGCUGAAGAGGUCAAAGUUGUCCUCUACCAGCUUCUCUAAGUGUCUCUCUUGACUAACCGUGACCCUGGGCUCGAUGAAGGUAUGAAAAACGGUAGAAAGGGGGGGUUUGAAUAACGUUUUCAAGAUAAAGCUUCCACCUUAAAGAUUUUGACAAAUCUUUCGAGAACUUAAGUGCUAAAGAUAAGAGAUAGAAAAACACACAAGGAUUUUAUCCUGGUUCACUUGAUGAAUCACUCAAGCUACUCCAGUCCACCCGUUAAGGUGAUUUCUUCCUUCUUAGAAUGAAGGCAAUCCACUAAUCAGGUAAGAGUUACAACUGCACUUGAAACCUACAAGUGACUAACAAUUACACUGA